AUGUCUUCAGGAUCUUCGGCGUCUUCGUCCUCUUCAGGUCGUUCUGCCACUUCAGCCCCUGCAUCAUCUUCAGCUCAGCCGACCUCUUCGACUUCUUCCUCGAAACCUGCAGAGCUCACGAAGCCUUGCUGCGGGAAGUGCAAGAACUGUUCCUCCACGAACCCCAGACCGACAGGUAAACUUUGCUGCGGAAAGUGCGCAAACUGCGACCUCAACAAGCCUCGCAAAAUGUUCAACCUGUCCGAGAACUCUAGCCUCCGUGGCUCUGGUCACAUGGUCCUCAACGUCUUCCGCGCCUUUAACAUAAUUGGCCUCCUGGCUGUGAGCGCUUCGGCCUGGGUCAUGAUCGUCAUGUCCAUCCUCAAAGGACACUUCGCCUUCUUCGUCUCUGCCUCGCACUUCUUCACCUUUUCCAUUGCCGUCUUCCUCAUCGUCUCGGAGCUGAAUAUCUUCCGCACAUACUUCGAGCGCAGCUGGCCUGUCCUCUCGUGCGAGCAUGGUCUCAGCUGGCUGGGAAUCGCCAUGAUCGUCAUGGGCUGCCAAGUCCUCGCAAACACCACCGACCCGACCUUCUCCGCUGAGACCAUUGGUCUACCCCUGUGGCGCCUCAUCCUUGCCUCGGGCAUCCUUGCCAUCACUUUCGGCUUCUUCAACGUCAUUUCGUCCAUCAUCUUCCGCGACGGCCACAACGGUAUCAAUGCCCGCAAUAUCCGCAGUGAUGGCACCCUCGCCUCGGGCAAGAACUCGUUCGUCGACGGUUACUCGGUUCGGAGCAACUCCAUCCGCAAUGAGAAGCAGGCGAAUAAGUUCAAGCGCUUCACGCAGAAGUUCCCUGCUCCCUGGAACAAGAGUAACACUACCGCCGCAGCCCGCCCCAACAUCAGCGGCCCCAUUAUCCCUGACGUCGAGCAAGGUCACGCUUCGGACUCCGACAGGGACUGGGACGAGGACCGCCGCAGCCCCAUCAUGCCCGAUAUAAACCGUCCACCGACCGCAAUGCAUCCCAUGAACACUGGCAACACCCGCUUCACCAAAUACAGCGAGGCGAGCGGCAUGACACGCUUCUAA